GUGCCCGGCCAAGGACAGAUUAAAAUGGUGUCGGCUGCACACAAAUUCGUAGCCCACUUUCCGCAGGAACCGGACGACUGGGACGAGGUGAUUUUACGAUGCAAGCUGCAAGAUAAUGCCCGCCAGUUUUCAGUGAAUUUCUGCAUCAAGGCACCGGACGGGUGGGAGGAAUCCAAGAUCGACGAGAAGCCCAUAAUGUACCAGUUCAAGAUGCUCUUUCCGGAAGAGCCCACCGGAAAGAGCGAGGUGGUGCAGAACUGGUGGUACAUGAACUGGAAGAGGGAGGAGAUGGUAGAAAAUACCAAGCUCACGGAUCGCACCCAACCCAUCACGCUCGUGUUUCGAAUGUUCGAGGCCAAGAUGAAGGUGUUUGUUGGUGCCAUUGACCAUCCGCCCGAUUACGAGUAUGACCUGACGCUGCCGCUCCGAGAAGUCUGCACGGUCGAGGUGUUGGAAGACUUUCAGCACGUGGAGGAGCUCUCCUUUCGCUAUCCAUACAGAGAGAAGUAACCGCGGACACUUGAAUUGAAUUCAAGCAAUCAACGAGCGAACGGCCGUGAUCGUGAUCGUCGUUCCCCUGGCGUCAUUCCAGGAGGUGUGCAAUUAUUGAAUGCUCUUGAUCACGUUCCCGAUUAAAUGUUCUUCGUCUAGUCUUAAUUUAAACUCAGGCAGCAUUUCGCCGAACUCUGGACCGCACACCGCGCGUGGGUCACCGAUGCACCUCAUUGUUAUCAACUUCGACGCACGCACAAAAGCCAUCACAAUCGACACAUUGUUAUAAACUCAUUCGACGGUAGUAGUACGUAGGACUCGUGCUUGUAUCUUAUCAGCAACCGGCAGCAGCUUCUCACCUUCGCACAGGCCCAUGAACAGAUAUCGCUGAGUGGGGAGUGUUGGUACCGUCCCCGUGCCUUUAAAGUGCCUUAUACAACGAUGAGGAAAAUGUUUUUUUUUAUUUAAUGCUAUUUACGUGUUGAUGUCAAACGAUCAGUGACUAAUAAAUCGCGCCUAGCUAA